GAAUAACUCGCUAUUUAAUGCAUAUAAUACGGUGGCCCAUAAGGGACAAGACUUCUUUGUACAAAGCUUACGUCCAGUUUCUACGGAGAAAUAGACCUCCGUAGAAAUGGCAAAUAGCGGCUCUAGAUGUCAAAUAUAUCAAAUUCUAACAAUUCAAAAUGGCGGCGGAAACCACGAAGUGAAACUUGUAUAGCGAAAGUGAGGCCUUUAAAUGGCGCGUUUUUGUAGCGAAUGUGGCACGGAAUUUGCUAAUGAGGCAGCAAAAUACUGUCAUAACUGCGGAAAGGGAUUUUCAGGAUAUGAUAAGCUCAAACCCUUUGGCUUCCCUAUACAUGCAGCAAUUGAUGGCUUUAGUAGGAAGGUUUUGUGGUUGGAGAUAUGCAAGUCAAACAACUCUCCAAAAGAGCCUACAAAAUUGUAUUUGGAUUGUGUGAUCAAACAUGGUGGAUGCCCCUUGCUAACUUGUUCAGAUUAUGGAACAGAGAAUGGUGAUAUUGCAGCCAUUCAAUGUUAUUUUCAUGAUGAUGAGAAUGCUCAUAAAUAUGGAACAUCCACUAGAAACCAAAGGAUUGAAAACUGGUGGUCACAUUUUCGUAAGUCUUGUACUGAUUGGUGGAUUAACUUUUUCAAAGAUUUACGGGAUAGCGGAUCAGUGAACUUUGAAAGCGCAUUACACAGACACUGCUUAUGGUUCUAUUUCCAAGAUGCAAUUCAAGCAUCAUUAAACAAAAUAAAAGUGUACUGGAAUACGCAUUUAUAUUAGGUCAUCUUGCCAUGAAACCACUCCAGGAGUUCCUGAUUUAUUAUUUUAUUUGCCAAAAGAUUCUGGGGGUGUUAACUGUCUUGUUAGGGUCAGUCAGGAUAAAAUUGAUGAAAUGAAAUUGCGUCACUUCGAAGACACCAAUGACGAAAGUUCAUAUCAGGAAUACUUUCAGUAUGUUAUGGAUCACGAAGGUGUCAGAUAUCCAGACAGUCCUAAGGAGGCCUUAGAUUUGUUUUGCUAUUUAAUGGAAAAAGCUGGAACUGAAGAUUCCUUUUGUGAUGAAAUUUAAUGUUCAUUACAUAUGCCAAAAUGCAUUGCUCUUUCAUAACAAGAGCUUUAGAGUACUAACAUGAAAGAUUGAUAACAUGCUUCAAAUUGGAUUCAUUGUUACCUAAUGUUUUUUUAACAAAACAAUUAAAUAUGAACUUAACUAUUAACUAAUAAUGCAGUUGUUACCAAUAAAAAUUAUGAAUUUUUUUA